AGAUGGUGAAAAUGUUAACAUUAGUAGCAUUAAUGUAUGGUUUAUCACAAUUACCAAGGCAUACAAUCUAUUUACAUGGAUUAAUUAAUCGUGACUUUUGGUUUAAAUCUUAUUCAAUUAAAGCAUGGGCUGCAGCAAAUUUUGCUCGUGAUUCAUCCACAUGUUAUAAUCCAUUUAUAUAUGCAUGGAUAAAUAAAAAUUUUCGACAAGAUAUUUAUCAUUUAUUUUAUUCAUGCUUUUUAUCAUGUUUUAAAAUACGUUUACCUAAAUUAACACGUUCAUCAAAUAAAACAAAUUUGUUAACACGUAGCAACAAUAAUAAUAUACAAUUGCCAAUGAUUCGUAUGAAUCAACCAUCAUCUAUAAAUGAAGGGAAUUCAAAUUCUAUUCAUUAUUUCCCAAUCAAUCAUUCAACUACUCAUAGUGAAUUACAUGAUAAAUCAAAUGUAAAUCGUAUUUCAGAUGCUUAAAAAAAACAAACAAGAUACUACUAACAAUAACCACCACCACCACCAUCACCAUCACCAGCACCACCACCACCACCGCAACAACAACAACAACACAUUCAAGAUAAUUAAGUGGUGUUAAUGAUGUAAAACUAUCUAGAUAGAUUAUGUUUUAAUCUAUACUGUUUAUUCUAAACAGAAAUAAAAAAGAAGUUAAAAUGUAUUUUGUAUACAUUUACACGUACCAUUAUUACUAUGUAUUGGUUCAGUAUAAUAAUAUCAUGAUAACAUUGUGAAAGAUUUAUGAUUAUGGUUAUAUAGAAAUGUCAUUUAUUUCAUGACAAAUGUUAAUAUUCUG